AUGGGGUUCGACAAGGAAGGUAGCUCCUCCUCGUCCUACGCCAUUAAAAUUCCGCCCAGAGAGGACACGCCUCUUCUCGGGAAGGGACCUCCUUUAUCCAGCCAGUUCAAGACCUUCGCCAACGUCUUCAUAGCAGUCGUCGGCGCUGGGGUUCUUGGUCUUCCUUACGCCUUCAAGCGUAUCGGAUGGCUCAUGGGUGUUCUCCUUCUCGUCUCCGUCUCCGCUUUGACCCAUUACUGUAUGAUGCUUCUCGUUCAUACCCGCCGCAAGCUCGACUCUUUGAAUGGUGGUUUCUCCAAGAUCGGCUCUUUUGGGGACCUUGGAUUCGCCGUCUGCGGCUCCGUCGGCAGGAUCGUCGUUGACCUAUUCAUAACUCUGUCUCAAGCGGGCUUUUGUGUCGGGUAUCUAAUCUUCAUCGGCACUACUCUAGCUAAUAUAUUCGACCCUGAUUCGCCCACGAGUCUCAACCAGCAAAUGACAAGGCUCGGUUCUGAAUUCUUAGGCGUCUCCUCUAAGAGUCUCUAUAUUUGGGGAUGCUUUCCCUUUCAGCUGGGUCUGAAUUCGAUCAAGACGCUUACUCACUUGGCUCCUCUCAGCAUCUUCGCCGACGUUAUCGAUCUUGGAGCUAUGGCUGUGGUGAUUGUGGAGGAUUCCAUGAUUAUACUCAAGCAAAGGCCUGACGUGGUUGCCUUUGGUGGUAUGUCGCUCUUCUUCUAUGGGAUGGGCGUGGCUGUGUAUUCCUUCGAAGGGGUUGGAAUGGUAUUGCCUCUUGAAUCGGAGAUGAAGGACAAGGACAAGUUUGGCAAAGUGUUAGCACUCGGCAUGGGAUUCAUCUCUUUGAUAUACAUAGCAUUUGGUCUCAUGGGUUACUUGGCUUUUGGUGAAGAGACCAUGGACAUAAUCACGGGAAACUUGGGGGCAGGGCUUAUCAGCACUGUUGUUCAGCUUGGGCUCUGCGUCAACCUCUUCUUCACCUUCCCCCUGAUGAUGAAUCCAGUGUUUGAGAUAGUGGAGAGGCGUCUCUCGGGUGGGAUGUACUCUGCGUGGCUGAGAUGGCUGCUGGUCUUGGCAGUGACUCUGGUGGCUCUGUUUGUGCCAAACUUUACAGAUUUUUUGUCCUUGGUGGGCAGUAGCACUUGCUGUGUGUUAGGGUUUGUGUUGCCUGCGUUGUUUCAUUUGCUAGUGUUCAAGGAAGAGAUGGGGUGGAAGCAAUGGAGUCUGGACACAGCCAUUGUGGGAUUGGGUGUGGUUCUUGCUGUGUCCGGAACUUGGAGUUCCCUGAGUGAGAUCUUCUCGGUCAAGGUGUAA